UGUGCAGUGACAGUCAGGUGUUAGGAGUCUGGAGAGAGACCAUGAAAGAUCCACAGCUCCCAGGUUGCAAAGCAGGUCUAUGGCCAAUGCAGAAAGCAAACAAAAAAUCCAAACAUGUGGUUGUACAGAUGGAAAAGAAGCUCAAGGCUCCAUCCUUAGCAACCACAAGUGCCAAACCACCACUGAGUGAUGCAGAGAGGAUGAGACUGUCACCGUUUGACAAGGUCAUCUAUGACAUGGCACACAACGACAGGAUUAUCAACGACCUGAUGCUCGGGCGAAGGGUUGGCUUCUAUGAACUCCGUGGAGAGAUCGGUCAGGGCAAUUUCUCUAACGUCAAACUGGGUGUCCAUGCUUUGACUAAAGAGAGAGUAGCUGUUAAGAUCGUGGACAAGGUGCGCCUGGAUAAGAAGAACCAGCCGUUGUCUUCCUCAGAGAUCAGCUGCAUGGAGAAGUUGUGCCACCCCAACAUUGUGCGUCUCUACGAGGUCAUCGAAACCAACAGGAAGUUGUAUCUGGUGAUGGAAUAUGGCAGUGGUGGAGACCUGUUCCAUCAAAUCACCACCAGAGGGAAGCUAAAAGACUUGGAUACAAAGCUGAUCUACACACAAAUCAUCUCUGCUCUUACACACAUGCAUGACAACAACAUCGUCCACAGAGACCUUAAGGCAGAGAAUAUCUUCUACACCACAAGUUAUUGCAUUAAGGUGGGUGAUUUUGGCUUCAGCAGAGACAGUGGCCCCAACGAGCUUUUCACCGAUUUUUGUGGUUCGCCGCCAUACGCUGCCCCGGAACUGUUUCGGGAGAAUGGCUACAGUGGGCGUUACUCAGAUAUUUGGGCCUUGGGCAUCCUAUUGUACUUCAUGGUGACGGCAACGAUGCCCUUUUACGGGGACACCAUGGGCAAGCUGAAGCGCUGCAUUCUGCAGGGGGGAUACACUAUCCCGGACUAUGUGCCCGAUGAGUGCCAGCUUGUAAUUAAGAGCUUGCUGUGCCGCGUCCCUGCUGAUCGUGCCUCUCUCACUCAGAUUACAAACAGUGGCUGGCUGAAGGGCAUUGAGUACCCUCAGCCGUACGCCCUGCUGCCCCUGACCCCGGCCCAGUUCGCUCAGACCAGUCAGGCUCUGUGUGUGGAGGAAGAGGAGGUGAAGGGCUUGCUGUCUGAUCUAGGUAUUGUAACAGCACAUUUCCAGAACAAUUCCUGCUUAGACUGUCGGAGCCCACUGACAGGAACCUACAGAAUUCUCCUCCAUCGGGUCCAGAAGAGGAGGGCAGUGGAGGCAGUGGUUUACUCAGCUGUACACCCUGAUGAGUACAGGAGGCUGAGGAAAUGGCCUGCAGCACCUGUGGAUAAACACACUCCCUCAGCUGUCUGUGGCAUACUGUAAUAUGCCAGAUCUGAAAUUACAAGAGGAGGAGGUGUCAAAAGAUCUACACGGCAAUCUAAAAUAAUGCGUUGAUAAGAUUACUGUCAUACAUUUCUGCAGACAUGGACAGACAGACGGCUGCAUUCAUAAAGUGGGGAUGGACUGUUUUUUUGCCUGGAUGGUUGCCAUCCAGGACUCAAGGCACCAACAAACAAUCCUAGGCGUGACCUCCAUCAUCAUGUGCACAUGUCCAACAUUUGUCCAAGAUUGAUUCAAAGGAAGAAAGGAAGAAAAACAAAGGAAAUCAAAACCUUUCUACUACUGUGUUGCAGGUUUAAUCAAUUCUAAUGAUUUUCUCUUCGGUUUCAGGAAUCAUUGUAAACUAGAGAUCAGAAAUGCCCCGGCUCAAGGUGUCCACCAAAA